GAUAACUGUCGUAUACUGGCGUUCCGAGCACCUUCCUUCUUCAUUAACAAACGUUUGGUGAACCACACUAUAGGAAAAAAAGAAAGUGUUGAUGAUAUUGAGAUCUGCAAGCGGCAUUGUUACUACGAAGACAACUGCGUGAGUGUCAACUAUCACGUGGACCCAAAAACAUGUGAGCUCAACAAUGCCACUCACCGAUGGCAUGAUAACGAGCUCAAAAAUGAAGAUAAUUACCUCUAUCACGGAGCAGAUGUAAGAUUUUUCUUAAUUCUUAUCAUUGCCAAUCCUCCUCCUCAAAUUUCUCUUGUUCUUGUUCUUCAAUUCUUUCUCUCGAAUUCGUCUUGCUCUUUAGUUCUUCUCGUUCCAGUUUUUGUUCGUGUUUGAGUUCUUCCCUGUUCGUGUUCGUGUUCGCGUUCUUGUUCGUGUUCGUUUUCGUGUUUGUAUUUGUGUUUGUGUUCGUGUUCGCGUUCCUGUUCGUGUCUUUGUCCGUGUUCGAGUUCAUGUUUGUGUUCUUGUUUGCAUGUUCAAGCUUCAGUUCUUCUUGUUGUUCUUUUUCUUUUGCAACAACUCUUAAUCUGUUUAUAAUUUCUUUUAGCUACCAUUUUCUUGCCUGCUUAGCCUUUCUUAGCCCGUUUCUUCACGCUCUUUGCCGCUGGGGGCAUUUCGCGCGGAGGAACAUCUGCGACUCAGCGACAGAAAUUCCAUACUGAUGACGUAAAAUAUAUCCAGAAUCCGGUCAGAAUCCCUGGUUGGUCGACGGAGUAGUUCCAUUGUUUUAGCUAUUGUUUACGAAUGACAGACAAAAGACAAAAGUUGUGAAAGGUUUGAACCCAGGAGUCAUUUCAAAAGUAGGUUGAGUUUGAUCGUCCGGGUGAACGUAGUCCUGAACAGGACAGUUCAGUAACAGUGACUGACGUUUCGACAACCUGUGCGGCAGUCACUGUCAACAACGACAGUCCUGUUCCGGACUACGUUCGCCCGGACGAUCAAACUCAACCUACUUUUGAAAAGACAAAAGGCCACAAAGGUCAAAUGUAAACGCGAUAAAUCUCUAACAAGACAGUCAAUAUUUGUGGAAUAUAGUCUUGUCUAGGACAAUGAUUUGAGUUUUGCUGGAGCUUGUUCGCAGUUGAACACAAAAAGAAAGAGAAGAAACCUAAAAUUGAAUAAAUUUACGUUUGGAACUCCAUGACUACCGAAUUUAUUGAGUAAACAUUGAUUUGCGUCAUCAGUAUGGAAUUUCUGUCGCUGAGUCGCAGACGUUCCUCCGCGCGAAACGUCCCCAGCGGCGAAGACCGAGGAGAAACGGAUGUUUUCGCAGGCUUAACCAUUUUCUAGUAACCAAUUUUAUUUGAGCUCGUAUUUUUUCUAUGAUAACUACCAAAUCAACCAAAAAAACCUUUUUGUUAAGAGUGCCUGUGAUGAAAUCAACUGCGAUAAUGGCAGAAUCUGUCAGUCUGGAUUUACCGUGAAGGGAUAUCGAUGUGUGUGUCCGUCUGGUUUCAAAGGAGAACACUGCGAAAAAGGUAGGAACUCUUCAAUACAUCACGUGUUGUUGUUUUUUUAUUAGCGAAUGUUCUAAAUUUAUAAUAAAUUGAGAGGAAACAAAUGUCAGCCUUCAGAUGAUGCAAGAAAUAUGUCUACAUUGUUUUUUGUUGACAUGAUAAACGAGUGUGUAACAGGAGAGCAUAACUGUGAUACAAAUCAUGCGUAUUGUAACAACACCAAAGGAUCCUUUGCUUGUCUUUGCAAGCCAGGAUAUACUGGAGACGGUCUAACUUGCACAGGUAACAAAACAAAAAUGUUUAGAUAUCAAGAAUCAAACGACGAAUAACAGUCAUAGAGUUGAAUUUAUUUCCGAGAAGAGAAAACUUCUGUUAGAGCGAAAACAUUUGAAUUCGUGGGUAUACUGGAAACGGACUUGCUCAGGUAACAAUAUCAAAAGGCCAAGGUAUCUAAAUCAAACGAAAAUAGACGUGAGCGUCGACUUAAAAUCACUACCAGUAGAGAGUUUACAGUUGAUUUUUUAAGUUUCAUUUGCAGUCAUGAUAAUAUACGAGUCCCAAAUAGGAAAGCAUUAUUAUUGUGACGCAGAUCAUGCAUAUUGCAACAGGCCAAAGGAUACACAGUGUCUUCUUUUUGGAAGACAUUAGCACAUGAAGGAAACGGUCUCUGAGUAACUGUUGCAAAGACAUACAAUAUGCUUAGCUACUCCUCAAUCUUGCUUUGUGUCCUCCCGUCGAUCGAACCUCUGCAAUGGCAGUUUAGCACAAUUUUAGCCACAUUUUCUAAAUGACCAAUGUUGUUGAGGUUGUAACUAGGAAUAUACGAUUUUCUUUAUCAUUUUCAGAUGUUGAUGAGUGCACCCCAGGAUCACAUGACUGCCUUCAGAGUCUCGCGUCUUGCUCAAAUACUCAUGGCUCGCACAAUUGUUAUUGUCAAGAUGGAUAUGUAGGUGACGGGAAGACAUUCUGCAACCCUAAAGGUAGGGAUUAUUGGUGCUUCAAAAGGAGGGGUGAUGGAUUGUAGUUAGUUGAUAGCGCGUCCUGCUUAACGGUUGCUAACAAAGUGCCGUGUUCUCAGCAGACCGACUCUAUUUCAUUAGCUUCAACAAAUCUCCUCACAGGCCAACCACAGAUGUGUUCAGAAUACACGCGAGGAUCAUUUUGGCGAAACUUUUAAUGGACUAAUAACCAGUACAUUGCUUCUUUUGAUUAAUUUGUCACUUACUAAACUUGCAAAAUAAUCAGAAUACCCAUAACUUAAGACCACUUGGCUUGCAUCUUGGUGGAUAGAAUUUAGCGAUUAUCCUUGUCAAUAUGGGAUUUAACAGUUACUUUGAUGAGGCAUGAUCCAAGUGAUCUUGGAUCAUACAUCCUGAUCUUGAUCAACUGAAAGGAACGAACCCUAAAUGAAGAAAAAUGGCGAGAUUACAGCCUCAGGAAAACAUGAGGCUUAAGAAGCGAAAGAAAAAAAUAGAAAAGGGAAAAGGAAUUAGGGGAGAUUUAUGUAAGCAAGUUUCUUUUCACCUUAGCAAUAAAAGUUGAAACAGUUACUAAACUGAAUUUUAAAAUGCUGCACUGAGCUUUUGUACCCAUAGGACACAUGGGAAUUACUAAAUUCUAAAUCUGCCUAUUUAUAAAUACAUCAGGAAAGCACUCAGCGGAUUUGUCCUUCCCUUUAGAAUUCAAUGCAACAUUCACUUGUGACGAUGAAAUGGAAAUUUUUGCUGACGGUCAAAGCCUCGGAAAAGACAGUGAUUGGGAAAAACCCACAACCUACCUUGUACCAGGAAACACUCGAGUUCUGUCAGUAGCCGGGAAAGACCAUGGAGGCAGAUAUCUCGGACUACUCGGCUCCACUAGCAACGGACAGGUAACUAAUGAAACUUGGAAAUGCAGCAGCGUUCUGUCAUCCGGAUGGAAUUCCCCGAAUUUUGAUGACCAGAGCUGGCCUUUGGCAAAAGUGAUUGCAAACCAUGGGGACACUCCUUGGGGUAAACUAAAUGGUAUCGCUAAGUGGAUAUGGGGAGACACCAACAACAAAACUGCUUAUUGCAGACUGACACUACAGUAA